AUGGCCCUACCGACCCCAAAAUCCGGCAAUAAGCUGCAGCUCCAGCCCCUCAUGCCGGAGGAUAUGCGCUCGGAGUUGAUUGCGGCGUUAAAAGUGCAAAACAUACAAAAUUUUCGACCAACCAGCAUCAACAAAAGUGGACGUCGAUUUGCUUUACCCGGUACACACAGCAACAGCCCCGUACGGACACCGUUGGCAAGGGAUACGGACGGUGGUAGUCACAAUGAACAAGACAAACGGCAUCAGCUAAGACUGCAAGCGAUCCGAGAAAUCCGAACCUCUGAACAGUCGUACCUACGCCAGUUGGAGGUGUUGCUCGAGUACUUUGUCACUCCGCUGCGUACCAACGGAUUUCUGACCGAGCGAGUCCAUAAUGCGGUGUUCGGGCAACUAGAUACUAUCCACAAUUUGAGCCAAGAGCUGCUGAAGAAGCUCGACGAUAAUCUCGACAACGUGGUGAAGGCUUUCACCAACCUUGGGCCCUUCUUUAAGCUGUACUCGGUGUACGCGUUCGAUUAUCGUAACUCGCUCUGCACGUUGCAAUCGCUGAUGGACAAGAAUCCGACACUGAAACGGUACAUCAACAACACCGAGGCUAGGCCCGAGGUACAGACGAAGCUGAUCUCGUUGCUCAUCACACCGAUACAGCGCAUUCCGCGGUACAGACUGUUACUCCAGCAGGUACUCCUAUACACCAGCCCUUCGGAUGAGGCCUUCAAACCACUGCAGGUAUCGAUCCGCCUCGUCGAGCAGUCCGUUUCGCACAUUAACGCCGUCGUGGAGGAUUACGAAAACACCCAGCGGCUUAUCCUGGUGCAGAACGUGCUGAGCAACAAGCAGCUGAAGCUGGUCAAACCGGGACGCAAAAUUCUGAAGGAAGGCAUCUUGGGCAAGCUAAAGACCGAUGGUUCAACCUCCAAGAAGUACUGCAUCCUCAUGUCGGACAUGUUCAUGUACUGCCGGAUGGUGCGUGAGGUGGACGGCCUACUGACCGAGAGCUCCUCGCUCGUCUGUAGCUGUGUGUUUCCGCUGAAGAAAUGUAAAAUAAUCGAACUGUUUCGGGGCAACUUUCGGCUUACGUGCAGUGGCGAUGGUACGAUCUUCAGCUCGGAAAGCCCGGAGGAAAGCCGUGCCUGGUACACGGCGAUCAAGGAAGCGAUCGAACUACACGUACAGUGUCGCAAAACGCUCCGUAAGCUAUCGAGCAACAGAAAACCGAUGCGCAAGAAGCAUUUACAAAGACUGGAACCGGAGCCGGAUGAUAUCAUGUGGUUGCUGCGCCGCAAGACGGUUAGCCCCGAUCGGGUGCAGAAACCGGGGGGCAGGAAACUGUGGCCAUUCAAACACAUCGAUUGUCUGAAGCAAAAUCAAUCGUUCGGUGAACCGAGUGGUGGCUAUUCUGCGGCGCGAUCAACGAUAUUUUCGACGGAUCGCGUAGCCACCGUCGUCACGGGCACACCGUUACCGGGGGGAACAUCACGGCAACUAGUCGUGGAAGAAGCAAAGCCUGCUACUGCUUUUCUUGCAUCACCACCGAUGGAAGAAAUGCAGCGUAAACCUCCGGCACCGGUGGUUGAAAGAGAAACUAAUGUGGACAAACGUGUCCACUUCAGGUUUCCCUCUUCUCAAUGGCGUUAUUAAGCGCCGUAUCCAGCGAUGCAUGGAACUUACAUCUUAAGUUCGUUUAUUAAGGAAUCUCUCUUAUUUAUUGGCACCUUUCAAAAUCAAACGUUCAUUACUUACCGAUAAUAAAGCUAAAGCCAGUUUUUUUAAAAUACAAUUCCGCCGUGCUUUCUUUCUCUCACAAGGCUUAACCCACUGAAUUUUACACCGAACAAUGUGUUAUCUAUUAUUUCUUUUCCACAUAAAACACAACAA